AUGUUCAUGCAACGCCUUGCCCUGCUAUCGGCGGCUGCCCUCGCCCCGUUUGCUGCAGCCCAGUGCAAUGGACGCAGCGAAUACUGUGAUCGCUCAUACUCCAAUAUCACAUUCAUUGGAGCGCACGACUCGCCAUUCGUUGGCUCCGGCCUAUCCGACAACCAGAACCUCAACAUCACUGCUCAGCUCGAGUUCGGCAUUCGCUUCCUACAGGGACAAACGCACAAGAAUGACGAUGGUACUCUCGAUAUGUGCCAUACUAGCUGCAUCCUCGAGGAUGCUGGCAGUUUGUCCGAUUUCCUUGGAACCGUGAAGACGUGGCUAGACGCAAAUCCCAACGAAGUUGUCACUCUACUCGUCACCAACGGAGACAACCUUGCCAUUGACGACUUCGCCUCGUCGUUCAACAGCAGCGGUAUCCAGCCAUACCUCUACAUCCCACCAACCAGCCCAGAUGUCCUGCCCAUAAAUCAAUGGCCUACUCUACAAGAUUUGAUCAACAACGGAACACGCGCCAUUGCUUUCCUCGACUACGGUGCAAACAUGUCUAGCGUGCCCUACAUCCUCGAUGAAUUCCAGUAUUACUUCGAGACCCCCUUCGACGUCACUGACCCAUCUUUCUCCAACUGCAGCAUUGACCGGCCCGCCGGCGCCAGCCCCGAUAGCCUCAUGUACAUCGUCAACCACUUCCUCGACGUCGAUAUUCUCGGCGCCAAGGUGCCCGACCGCGAUGCUGCUGGUACUACAAAUGCGGCUUCCGGAAAUGGCAGCAUUGGUGCGCAGGCUGCCUCUUGCGACAGCCAGUACGACCGUUUGCCUAAUGUCUUGCUGGUGGAUUUCACUGACAAGGGUGCUGUUAUUGAUGCCCAGAACGCGCUCAACGGAUUCUAA